GAGAGACCGAGCUGUCAAACCAGCAACAAACGCUUGAAAUAUUAUUCCGAGCGGACAAAAAAGUUAUACUUUGCUUCACGGGAUUUUCCAACAACAGAAAAAGAAAGGUGGAGUUCGCCUCCUAAAUUUAUCGUUGGCUUGUGAGGACAUACUUCACCGUCGCGAGCGAAAAACUUAAUGUUUUGUUUGUUGGGAAAUCUUUGGCUAAUGACUGCUCGCUAGCUUUCUGGUUAGCCUCAGUUUUGUUGACAAACUAACGUUAGCCAGCCCGUCUGUGUACGCUAGCUAGGUUAUCAACGUAGCUGGUUCAGGUUUAGCUCUCAGUUGGUGAUAGAUGCUUCCACGGGAUGGCAUGAAACUAAGUGUGAACAGCAAAAUUAUCAGCUGCCCCUUGUUGGAAAAUCGCCUUUAUGAAAAUAAAAGCAGGUCUCCAAGGGCUUGCUAGAGAUCUGUUGAAGAUGUGAAAGGCUUCUGAUCCUGGUGGACCUCACAACUGCGGGGAGACAUCUUGUAUUCAAAAAGGGUUUUGUCACUGGAGGCGCCCUCACUUUAAUUUGAAAUUAAAGUCUAUGUUUGUGACAUAUUUUCACCAAGAUCACAAACUCACUUCUGUGCUGCCCCGGGACCCUAGAUAUCAUUAUCUCGAUCUAUUAUUUUUGUCAUGAGGGGACCUACCGGAAAAGGGCCCAUGUUACCUCUCGGGUCCUGACUCAUAGUUUUAUAGACGCUGGUCUAUGGGAUUGAUUGGAUCUGCUUUGCUUGGGUGUAAGAACCCAAACCUGAGGUGCCAGAGCUCAGCUGCCCUCCCGAGUUUAGGAGCACAGGCAGAAGUCACCUCUACCCGUGGUGGUAACUAAUGGGGAUGAACCAGUGAAAGAAUACACCACCAUCAUUGGUACCACCCAUCCAAAAUCACCAUGGACCGGAAUAAACGCAACUCCAUCGCCGGGUUCCCUAUGAGACCAGACCGUCUCCAUGAUGAGAGAGAUGGCGUCGGCGGUGGAGGGGCUGCAGAAAUGGGCAUGAACCCACCCUCACAGGUGGGCAGGGUGUGGCCGUCCUCCUACAGAGCCCUCAUCAAUGCUUUCUCCUGUCUGACAAGGCUUGAUGAUUUCAACUGUGAGUGGAUUGGCUCUGGAUUCUUCUCUGAGGUCUACAAGGUGCGUCACCGGGCGUCAGACCAAGUGAUGGCUCUGAAGAUGAACAAGCUCAGCAGCAACAGAGCUAACAUGUUGAGAGAGGUCCAACUGAUGAACCGACUCUCACAUCCCAACAUACUCAGGUCAGUUCAUGGAGUGUGUGUUCAAGAGGGCCAGCUUCAUGCUCUGACAGAAUACAUCAAUGGUGGUAACCUGGAGCAGCUCCUGGACAGCAACAAACACCUUAGCUGGCCGACCAGGGUGAAACUGGCCUGUGAAAUCGCCAGCGGCCUGGCCUACUUGCACUCUAAAGGCAUCUUCCACCGUGACCUCACCUCCAAGAACUGCCUGAUCAAAUGUGAUGACAACAGCUAUACAGCGGUGGUGGGCGACUUCGGCUUGGCAGAGAAGAUCCCCACUCAUGACGCUGAAGGAGAGAAGCUGUCAGUAGUGGGCUCUCCUUUCUGGAUGGCUCCCGAGGUGCUCAGAGAUGAACCCUACAAUGAGAAGGCUGAUGUGUUCUCCUAUGGUAUAAUCCUGUGUGAGAUCAUCGCCAGGAUCCAGGCUGACCCUGACUUCCUUCCCCGCACAGAGAACUUCGGUCUGGACUACCAUGCCUUCCAGCACAUGGUCGGAGACUGUCCGCCUGACUUCCUCCAGCUGGCCUUCAACUGCUGCAAUAUGGACCCCAAACUCCGUCCCUCCUUCCCAGACAUUGUCAGGCGCCUGGAGGAGAUCCUUGCACGUCUCAAAGCUGAAGAGAUGGAGCGUGACCGCAUUGCCCUCAGUGGCGACAAUGACAAAAAAACAAUACCGAAAGGUGAGAAGAUUCAGGGCAUCAAGAGACUGAAUCCUCUCGGUCUCCAGGAUGACAAAAUCCCACCCAAGUCGCCCCGCCCUCGCCGAAACAUCUGGCUCAGCCGCAGCCAAUCGGACAUCUUCUCCCGCAAGCCAGGAAGAAAGGUCAACGUCCAGGACCCUUACUACAACCCCCUCACAUCGCAGCGAAUCGCCAACGCCCGCAAGAUCAACCCAUUCACUGCCCGCGAGGACCUCUGCGGGGGCAAGAUCAAGUUCUACGAUGUGCCCAGCAAGUCCGUCUUCUCACUCAUGUUUGACCUCCACUCUCCACCGGGCAGCGUGUUCAGCAGCCAGCCCUACUCCGAAGGCACCGGGGGGCUCCAGAGCCAACAGGAGGCGUCCUAUUACUGGCAGCAGCUGCCAGGCAGACAGUGUCACUCCUUACCAGUGUCCCCCCAACUCCCCCUCGCGGAGGCCUUCCACCCUGCUGCUCCUAGCUCUAAUAACAGCAGCUCUGCCACCUGUAACUCCACCCAGCUCUCCACCACUGUGCCAGCAGCAAAUUCCUCCCGUGAGGCAGGGUUGCUUGGAAACGAAGUCCGUCAGAGGGCAGCACUGAGCGGCUGGGCAAAGAAAUAUGCUGUGAUUGAAAUCCCGCCUUUCCAACCCCGCAAGGAGAGAGGAGAGAAACUUGAGGGCGAGGUAGACGGGAGGACGAACGGAGAUCAAGAGGAGCGGGAAGACGAGGACGUGUUCGGGGACAGCUGGUCUCCCAUGGUCGCCUGCAGUGAGAGAGACAUCGGAGAGGCGAUGGACUGCUCUAGCAGCCAAGAGGAAGAAAAGGACAGAGACAGAGGGGAGGACGCUUGCCCCAUGAAUGACCUAACAUGCUGCUGCCCCAUGCAAACCCACAUACACACACACAUGGAGGGGGGCGUGGACAAACUCCUCUGUCCUGUCCAGUGCAAGGGGGACCAGGGCCACCUCUACCCCCAAGGCAUGAACGGCAGUGUGGGACAGGAGCAAGAGACAUCAGCCCCCGGGUGUGAGGACAUGGAGGCCCUGACAACUGGCAUUUAAAACUAGGGCAUCAGACUGAGCACAUUUCAGGCAUUCUGGGAAAAAUGAACAGGAGGAGCGCUUGAUUUACCUGAUCUUGCUAAGUGAAUGUACCGCAUUUUGAUUUUGUGUAAAUCAAGCGUGCCUGAUGUAGAUCAAGCAUUUGAAAUCGAAUCUAUUUUCAAAGAUGGUCAUCUAGUUCUGCGAGAGAAGAGUCUCCCUUUACCACAGAAGAACAGUGAUCAGCACAACAGGUGCUCCGCAUAGAGAGAUUAUUUUUUUGAAAAGCUUGUUUAUAUUUAAUAAUCUGAGAUGGUGUAGAUUUUCUUCCUAAGGUCUCUAUAUAAGUCUUGUCCAUAGUGAGGGGUGUGGAAACUCCCGUUCGUCUGUGAGUGUGUAUGUUCGUGAGUGUGCUCAACAGUGUGUUUAGGAAAGUCCAAACUGUUUCCUGAUACUUGCCUCCUUGAUGCCUCCCUGUGUUCUUUUUGUCUAUUUGAGAUGUGUUCAUACUGGAUUAAAAACAAAUAUAUAUGUAUAUUUUGAUUCACCAGACAUUUCGUUGGCAUUGAUUAGGGGAAAACUGCAGAAUCUUAAAAUAAAUGUGUUCGAAACACAAACUGAGCUCUAUUCCCAAGCCAAGCUGUAGCACCACAGAACCAGACUGAAAUAUUUUCCACAAACACAUCUCCUCCAACAAAAGUUUUGUUUUGUCUCUGUUGAGGCAUAUGAACUCUGUCACAGGUGAUGGCUCUGUGCACAGAGACUUAAGAAUUUACAGAAAAGGUGGGUUAGGUUUGUCGAGGAUGAAAUAUAUCAGGUAUUGCAAAAAGUAUCUUUGCAUGUCAGAUUAAGCACAGCCAAACAUCCCCGUUGCCACAUUGUCUGCCCCAGUUCUUAGGCAACAUUUUCAAAGGAUGUACAGGGACAUUUUGUUUGUUGAGCUCUCUGAAACAAACAACAAAGUGAACUGCAAUGUCUAAAAGUUAUUUAAAUGUAUCCUGGUAACAUGAUGGUCCAGUGCGAUGAGAGCAACAACUCUGAACGCCUGUAAGGUUCCUAAAACGUCGCUCUAGGUGUCGGUGAUGUUUAGAUGAUGGCAAACCUGGUCUUUUCUGGUCCUUCAGUGUAACACACACUACUUCCCACAAUGUACACACACCUCAGUGCCAAACGCACAUGAGGAUGUCCCCAUUUAAUGCGGCUCACUUUGUAAAUUGAGACCAGAAAUAACCAUGAAAACCCAAACUCUCAACUCAGUUCUAAUUUUGUGAAAUAGGUCCCAAAGGUAAACGAGCCACAGCUAACUUCAACUUGGUGUCUUUGGAUACCAAAAUUCCUCAAAUUCACUCACCUGAAAACUGAAAAUGGACCUCAGGUCACAGGAUCUUUGUCAGGUUUCGUCUCAUAUUGCACAAUAUGAGCAGGCUUUGCUACGUGGUAGCAAGCAAACAGGAUUUCAAUCAGCCAUAAUGAUCAUUCAAGCAGUCAGAGCCAUUUCAGAUGUUCUUUUGAACUGAGUGCUAUAACACAGCCUGAUGUUCCGGUACUUUCCAUGCAAAUGUGCCUGUCUGUGUAGGGAGUCUCCCAGGCCCAAGCCAUACUGAGAGCUGCCCUGAAUAGUUUUGGGAAGAAAUUCUGUUUUUUUUUUUUUUUUUUAAUCCCAAGUACUCUAUAAAUCCAGUUGUUCUUUUGGAGGAGAGGCAAAAUUUCAUGAGUAAUGAUUUGGCCUUUUUUUUCCUCCCCCAAACUACACAGCACAGCUUACAAGUAUUUUUAGCCUGAUACUUUGAGAUUUCCAUCUCAUCUGAAGCACUUCAGCUCACAGUAAGCUGCCUUGACUCUUUGUACAGAUCAUUUUCUGCAGAAGCACUCCCACACGCAGUUGAUGUUCAGCUUGUUUUGUUUCACUAACCUGAGAAGCACUCUGUCCUAACUUAAGAAACAAUGUUGGCCCCACAUGAUAGUCAAACAUAUGUUGGUACAUUCAUUUCUGCACUCUAGUGAACACCUUAAAAUAGAUUUUGUGUAAGUUUUUUUUUUUUUUUAAUCUCCAUUGUGAUUUUUUGUUGUCUACAUAAUUUGCAAUAGAGAUCUACAGCUUCUUAAAUGGCGAUGAAAAUCCAUUACUGGUAGUUGGUUUUUCACAUCAAAACCAUUUUCAGUGCUCACUUGAAUGUUUUGCGCAUACAAAUUUAAGGUCUAUUUAUGAAAUUGAGGGUGUAUUCUUUUGAUUUUUGGUCGUUUUUUUUUUUUU